AUCCUGGUGAAGCUUCCCGCGCCCGGCCUCGGCCGAGGUGCAGUGACUGUCUGCUGCGGGGAUUCGUAGGGGUCCAGCAGCUCAGCGGACACGUUGAAAUGUGCUUUCGCUCCACAGAGUGAUUUUUAUUUCUAAACCAGAGUGCACCCCAAGGAGACAGUCCACAGAAAAGAAAAGGAGUUGAAUAUGGUCCAGCCGCCGUAAGAGAAGCUGGUUUGAUGAAAAGGCUCUCCAAUUUAGGCUGCCGCCUUAAAGACUUUGGAGAUUUGAAUUUUACACCAGUUCCCAAAGAUGACCUUUACAACAAUCUGAUAGUGAAUCCUCGAUCAGUGGGCCUCGCCAACCAAGAGCUAGCUGAGGUGGUUAGCAGAGCUGUGUCCGGUGGCUACAGCUGUGUCACAGUGGGCGGGGACCACAGCCUGGCAAUCGGAACUAUUAGUGGCCACGCUCGGCACUGCCCAGAUUUGUGUGUGAUCUGGGUUGAUGCCCAUGCUGACAUCAAUACACCCCUCACCACUUCAUCUGGAAAUCUCCAUGGACAGCCAGUUUCAUUUCUCCUCAGAGAAUUACAGGACAAGGUACCACAACUCCCAGGAUUUUCCUGGAUCAAACCGUGUAUCUCUUCCCCAAGUAUCGUAUAUAUUGGUUUAAGAGAUGUGGACCCUCCUGAACAUUUUAUUCUAAAGAAUUACGAUAUCCAGUAUUUUUCCAUGAGAGACAUAGAUCGACUUGGCAUCCAGAAGGUCAUGGAACAGACAUUCGAUCUGCUAAUUGGCAAACAACAAAGGCCAAUCCACCUGAGUUUUGACAUUGACGCCUUUGACCCUUCACUGGCUCCAGCCACAGGCACCCCUGUUGUAGGGGGACUGACCUACCGAGAGGGCAUGUAUAUCACUGAGGAAAUCCAUAGUACUGGGUUGCUGUCAGCACUGGAUCUUGUUGAAGUUAAUCCUCGGUUGGCUGCUUCUGAGGAAGAGGUCAAGGCUACAGCCGGCCUGGCAGUGGAUGUGAUCGCUUCAAGUUUUGGCCAGACAAGGGAAGGAGGACACAUAGUCUAUGACCAACUUCCUACUCCCAGUUCCCCAGAUGAGUCAGAAAGUAAGGAACGUGUGAGAAUUUAGGCAAUACUGUGCUGUCACAGUAGGCAUUCAGAGUUGAGGUAUUUGAGGGGAUAGUAAGUGGUCACCUGGGUCAAUACUGCCUUAAUGAGAACAUUUGUGCAUUCCCAAAAUUGUAAACUCUCCUCUCCCUCUCCAUUUUGGUGACCAAUGCACUACUGUAAAUGUAUUUGUUUUUAUUUGCAGUUCAUGGGGCACUGAUAUGUUGGAGUACUAUGUAAAUUUAAAGAAGUCAUAAACAACAUUUAUUACCUUGGUAUAUCAUACUGGUCUUGUUGCUGUUCUUCACAGUUCACUGGGUUUUCAUCUUCCCUCCCUCCACCCACAGUCAGGCCACACAGUGCAUCCUUGAGCUGUUAGCUCACAGCAGCAAUAUGGUUUCAUCUCUAACACCGUUCAUUCACAGGGUCAAAGUUCUGAUCCACAAACUCCUCCCUGUAGAAGCUCAAUGCUUACGAAAAAAUUUGUAAUAAACCAGGCCUCCCAGGAUGACUGCCUCCAAUAAGAUGACGAUGGAAAGUAGCAGCUUGUUGGUUAUCACUCUACAAAGAGAAGCAAAGUGGGGAGUGGUCAGAAGGCUGGACAGCAUUUUCUUUCCUCUUUAAUCUUAAGAGGACUUUCACCCACCUGGGACCAAGAUCCGAUAUUGUGAAGCCGGCCUGAGCUUUUGUCUGAUCACAUGGCCUCUUAGCAGUAAGUAUCUUAAAAGGUACUUUAGCUAUAACUUAAGGAUAACACUAUCUACCUCACAGAAAUGUUGAAAUCUGGGAUGAUACCAAAGCAUAAAAAUUGGUUUCUUAGUUCUAAAAUGUCUUCACAUAGUAGUUGCUUCCUCACUUUAAAAAUAGCUUUAUAGCUUUUCUAGGAAGGUUAGUUAAAGAAAAGAUUAAAAAGUGAUUUUUGAAAUUGGGGUGAAUUCUAUUUCAGAACAACGAAUACAAGAUUUGCUAGCCAGACAGAGCUGCAUCAGUUACAUAUUACAGCUGUGAGCGCAUAGUGGGAAGAGUCUGUAUGUAGCAAGCUCUAUUGCUGAAAUCCAGUUCAGGAUGGGUCCUGCUUUAGGAUAAGGAACUAGAAGAAUGGUAGCCUCUUUUAAUCUCUUCCAAACUUAUCUUUCACAUGCCCACCCCUGCCCCAUAGCUACUUCUAUUAAAAAAGGUAGUAAAAAAUUGAUGCUCCUAUACUUUUUUUAUUACAAAGAAUCCAGUGUCUGGUUCUCAGGUUCACUCUAAAUUGAAAGUUUCCCCCUACUUCACACUAUUUAGGAAAAGCCGGCACUCCUGGUAGUUCUAUCAGUUGUAGUUUUUAGUUCAUUUACACUAUCUACUUCCUUCAAAGUCAGCCUCAAUCGUAUCACCUCCAAGAUCCCAUCUGGCCCUGAUUCUGUUACUGUCAGCACUUACCUAAGUUAACUCCAUGCUAACAACACGAAACUCCUAGAUAAAAGGCUGACUCCCAUGAAGGGCAAGCAGAGUCAAAGUCAAAUACUAAGUAGUGGCAGUAAAAACCACUUUCUAAUCAAGUUUUUACAAAUAUAUUUCAAGGAUAUAAAACUCUAUUAUGCCAAUCUUGGCUUCUCUAAGGAAUAUAAGACCUUUCAGUGGUAAAAUUUUCCAUUAUUCCAAGUCAGAAUAUAUAUUUUUGUAACAUAGGAAUUUUUUCUGGGCUAUUUAACAGGACAAGACAGUACUUAUUUAUUCUGCUUCGAAUAUUUCAAGUCACUGUUUAAAGCUUUGACAUUCCUGGUUGAAAGUAUCCAAGUUAAGAGAAAUUUUGUGACUGUUUUUAAAACUUACUUUCUGGACAUUGUACGGAGAAUCUUUCGACUUUUGCUCAAGUUUUCACUUGUGUUUACCAGCUGAGAAGAGAAAAUAACAAUUAUUUCCCCCUUUCAAAGGUACACUGUAAAAAUCUCAACAUUCCUAAAUUGACAGUAUUAAGGGCUAUAUGCUGAAAAACAAAAAAAUCAAACCAAUUUAAAUGAUGGCCUCUGAGUAUUAGCAGAAACUGCAAAGGCUAAGAUAUGUAAGUACAAGUAGGCUUAGGAAUUAUUUUACAGUUGCUCUGGGUGACUAAUCUUCACCUUGUCUAUGCAAAUCAGAAAGACUUCCAGUAUACCUGAAGGUACUUUGACAGUAAUUGUGAAGCAAUGUAAGAUUUGAAUUUCAUCAGCCAAACUCCAGGAGACUCAUGAGUUACUAUUGUAGGCUGGGUUUUUUAAACGGAGUUAGUUUAAAAGAAGACAGUGAAUUGUGAAAGGAAUUUAAGCCUUUUAAAAAAGCCUUUCCCUUUUGACUGCUGUUACUAAUCUAGAUAGCUGAAGAAUAUUUCAACAGAUGACACCUGCCCUCAUUCUCUAAUGAGCUCAAAAAAUUGCUCUCCCACCUCAUUCCCUGGCUUUUAAAUUCAGUCAAUUUGCCUGGUAUGUUCAAAGUGAGAAACCACAUGAUCUGUAAGCAAGUUGACUUCUCCAUGGCUUACCUUGAAUUUACUUUAUUUACUGUAAUUUUCACUGAGGGAGGGAAGGGCAUCGUUCUAAUUUAUGGAGAAUUUCAAUUAAUAUUUUCCUAUCCAAUCAUGCUCAGCAAAAUAAGCCAGAAAGAAAAAGAAAAAUACCUGAUGGUCUCACUCAUAGCAAGAAUUUAGAAACCCUAAAUAAGGGACCAGGAAAAAACCGAAUUCUAAUAAAGAUCAAAAUCAACAAGCAACUAUAAACCAGAGACACACUAUGGGGCGGGAGUCGGAUCAAAAAGUGGGGGUGGGAAUUGUAUUGGGGCUAUAACCAAGAUGAAAAUGUAUACAUUAUGCAAAAAUGAAAAAUGAUGUAAAAAUGUAUAAAAUUUAAAAAUAUUAAAAAUACA